AUGGCGGUAAGAGCUAAUCAAGGGAAGCAGAAACUGGAGUUUCUUGGCCGGUUUUGGGGAGUUUUCGGCGAUCCAAAAAUAGUGAUAGACCGCAAGACGAUUGAAAGAACAUGGAAGCUCAUGGACAAAGUGGUAAAACUGUGUCAGGACCCAAAAGUGAACUUGAAAAACAGCCCUCCAUAUAUUCUUGACAUUCUGCCAGAUACGUAUCAACAUCUUCGACUGAUUUAUUCCAAAUACGAGGACCGGUUGCACAUUCUGAACGAUAAUGAAUACUUCAGAGUAUUUAUUGAAAAUUUGAUUAAGAAAUGCAAACAAGCUAUUAAAUUUUUCAAGGAAGGCAGAGAGCAAAUGUACCAAGAGAAUUCGCACUACAGACGAAACCUCACAAAAACUUCGCUUGUGUAUUCGCACAUGUUGUAUGAAAUCAAAGCCAUAUUCCCCAAUGGAACUUUUGCUGGUGAACAAUUUAGAAUAACGAAGAGCGAUGCUGCUGACUUCUGGAGAAGCUGUUUUGGUGACAGAACAAUAGUGCCAUGGAAAAUAUUUCGCGAGACACUGGAUCAAGUACAUCCAAUAAGCUCGGGACUGGAGGCGAUGGCUCUAAAGUCCACAAUAGACCUCACUUGCAAUGACUACAUUUCUAAUUUCGAGUUUGAUGUGUUUACAAGGCUGUUCCAGCCGUGGGUGAGCCUGUUACGGAACUGGAAUCUCCUGGCUGUCACCCAUCCUGCUUAUGUUGCCUUCCUCACGUAUGAUGAAGUGAAGGCGAGACUGCAGAAAUACAUCAACAAACCAGGAAGCUAUGUCUUUCGGCUCAGCUGCACACGGCUGGGUCAGUGGGCCAUUGGCUACGUCACAGCAGACGGCAGCAUCCUACAGACCAUUCCCCAGAACAAGUCGCUGUGCCAGGCACUGUUGGAUGGCUACAGGGAGGGCUUUUACCUGUACCCAGAUGGCAGGCACAUGAAUCCAGACCUAAGUUGGGCUAUACAGGAGCACCCUGAAGAUCACAUCAAAGUGUCGCAGGAGCAGUACGACCUGUACUUGGAGAUGGGCUCAACGUUUCAGCUGUGUAAAAUCUGCACGGAGAAUGACAAGGACAUUCGCAUCGAGCCCUGCGGUCACCUGCUCUGUACUCCAUGUCUCACCGCGUGGCAGGAUUCGGAGGGGCAGGGCUGUCCGUUCUGCCGAGCGGAGAUCAAGGGCACGGAGCUGAUCGUCGUCGAUCCGUACGAGCCACGCGCCUGCUCCCGUCGCUGCAUGCCGGAGAAGGACAGCGGCAGCAGCUGUAACAGGUCGCUGAAUCUCAUCGACCUGGACGACGACGAUUCUUCGCUAGAGGAUGUAAGUUGGCUGCCAUCUACUGUCAGCAGUAUUCAUACACUAUCCUUAUCUGCACCAUUGACCGAUUCACACAGCCCCUUCGUAUCGCCGGGUAACAGUCCGAUGGCCAGUCGCCGCAACGUAGACCUUCACCACCAGAAGCCCCCGCCCGUCCCUCCACGCCGACUGUCACCGACAGUGUCGCCAACCAGUUCGCCACAUAUCAGCAGACGCCAGCCGCCGGCGCCGCCAACCGACGAGGCUCCACUAUUACAAGAGAGGUGCAACUCGUUGCCGACCACGUCUACGGCGGGCGGCGCAUCGGCGGGCGGCUCGUACGCCGAAGUGCGGCAUGCGGCGCACGCGCGGGUUGUAGCCGCUACCGCCGCCGACCCGCCGCCGCUACCGCUCAGCCGCUCGUCCGACGUCGCGCACGGCCGCGGCCGCUCGCCGGACGCCUUCCACCACGCGCGAGUCAGCGAGCCGCUGCACUCCUACAACCAGGCACUGCUCCCCGUCCUUCGCUCGGCGGAGCACGGAGAGGUGGCGCCGCCUGUGCCCGUGCCGCGGACACGCACACUGGAGGCUUCGACGACGCCGCCGCCCGUACCUAGUCAUCCCAGUAGGACGAAGUCGCCCCCUAUUGGUUCACAGUUGAACUAUGCCGAGAUCAUGCCAAAUACAGCAGACGAGUUGCAUGCGGGAGACAGCAAGACUGAUGUUAACUCCACAAGUAUGACGAGUCGACCACCUCCGGUGCCGCCCUCCAGUACAAAGCCUCACAAGGAUCGAGAUUCCAGUGGCCACAGCACCUCUCCAUCGCUGCAGCUGCUUUCGCCCAAAUUGUGUCAGCAGUCGAUUGCUGGCAGAAUGCAGAACGCAGACCUAGAAAACAACAGUGAUAAUGAGAUGGAGGCAAGAGGAUCGUACGAAAACAUCAAUGUGAACUAUAUUGCAUGCCUAACAGCCGAGGGCUACGCUCAAGAUGUAGCGACUAGAGCACUCGCAAUCGCACGAAAUGACCUGAAGAUGGCGCAAGAUAUACUUCAGAACUUUGUCUUGAAGAAAGUGUAGGAUUGUGGCUCGUCGUCGUAAGGGAGCAAGUAGGUGACGUGUCGGUUUUGGAAGUGGUAGGUGAUCGCGUAUUUUUUCGGUAAUCAUUUAAGAUUGUUGUAAUUUAUUAUUACGCUGUGCUCUUUUUUCCAACACGUGUCGAAAAGUGUAAUUUGUAAAUUUCUGAGGAUUUGCGGGGGUGUGUUGCCACUGGUUGUUGUACCGCAAGCAGCUGCAUGUAUUGCGAAAGUCCCCGCGUGCAUGUUUUAACAAGCACGACGAUGCUAUGGUGGGUUGCUCGAGAUCAGAACCGUAAUAGCGAUGGGAACAACAUCAACGUGGGCAUUGUUAUGUUGCAUUCACACACAGGAAGCCUUUCGGCUGCUACUAUGCAACUGGGAAAGGAAUGGAUGAACAAAACGAGAAAGAUCAUGUACUUGACCAAUUACAGAGUCCCGGGGCCGUGAGAUCACGUAUUUCCGUAUUUUAUGUGGAGCCUAAUAAGGGUUGUUCACCAUUAAUGGAUCUGUUAAAUAGGCACAUGCUGAUCUCACAUGGUUUUGCACUCAGUAAGGGUCUCUGUGUGCAAACGUUCCGUUUGCUGGUGAUAGUAAUACCACCUCUGUUCUCCUACCUCGUUUGUCACAUUACCUAUUCCUACUUAGUAAAUGUGCAAGUGUCUCCCUCUGCUGAGGAAAACGAAUGUAAAUGGUAACUAUAUCUCCCCAUGUAUGCAGUGAAUUAGAGGAGGGGAUUGCCGAUUGUAUUGUUGUUGUAGGGGUGGAGUCUGUCAUAAAAAAAACCGAUGUUGUAAUCGGAAGAUAUAUAUGCCAUCAGAGUUCCCUGUAUGCUAUAUACAUACAUUUGAUCCCUUAAGAGUCGCCACUAGGUGGCGGUGAUGGUCAACAAACCGGCUUGCAUUUAUAUGUACCGGGAAGUUGCUGAUAAUUUGUAAUGAGAAGAUGGCACAGUAGUGCCUAUUUCAUGUGUGCAAAUAAUCAAUAUACUGACAGUUAUAUAGUUUCAAGCUAGACUAGUGUGUCCACACAGUACGACAGAACCUGCAAACAGUGCUGUUCACAGCCAUUCACGUGAUGAGCAUAAGCCUUCUGUCCAGAUGAAACUGCUAAUACAUUUGAGCAAGGUCUUUUAAAUGCUGUAAAAAACGUGAUGGAAAACAUGGGAGAAAACGAUCAUUUUUAUCUCAUUGUAGGGGAUCAGUACAAUGAUAAUAGUAAAUUUUCAUCUUGUGUUACUUAUCGAUAUAUAUAUGUGUGUGUGUAUAUACGUAUACAUAUAUAUACAGCUCAGAAUUGCAUGGUUUGUGGACUGAAAUUAGUUAUUAACCUAGCAUGACUGGACCAUGGUGACGUAGAUUUUGCUACUGUGUCAUUUCUCUCGACGACUCCGUGCAUGAAUUAUGUAAAAUCGUUGGUGUAUAUUACUACUGUAUAUUUUCAAGACAGGCGUUUGUAAGAUAACGUAGGAAAGAGCCUUGUGCGGCCGUAUGUUGUGCAGCUGUGUACAGGAGUAUCUCCCUAUUCAUUGCUAGUGUGGUGGCGUGGUGGCCGGCAGGGGACGUGCAUCACUGCCUAGUAAUGCGGGACGAAAACUCGCAGGUCAUUGUAAAGUUCCCCCCUGCAAACCAAGAUGUGUUUCCCUGUGCCAAGAUAUGUUGACAUUAAAGUUUAUAGUGACUCGUAGCGUUUCGUCAGUGCAUGACGCAUUGUGUGUGUCGUUGUCGUCGUCGUUCAAGAGUUGCUCCCGAUGUCCUGUGAUCUCGUUUCGUCACCAGGGGGCGGUAGAAAAGCUUUGCGCGUUGUGCAGCACUCGUGUCUCGUGUCGCUAUAGCUACGAUACAGUCGAUUCGGCUGAAUGAUGAAUGCUAGAUGUUCACCGACUCUCUUCAGGUUUCGUCUUGCGGUGGUACUAUUUAUAGGUAGGCGUGAUAUACCCCCCCCCCUCGAUCCUGGUCCUUGUUCCAUAUAUAGGUAAUAGUGCUGAUCGUUGGAAGUACUCGAAAGCGUGAGUGGGUGCAGCCUAGACUGACGCCGCUAGUUCCUGUGACUGAGCUGACAUGGUUUCCAACGACUUAUGGAGUCAGUCUCUGUGGUGACUCUGGGGGUGGAAUUAGAAGUGGUAGUGAUUCCCCGCUACAUGCUGCUGUUAGCUGGUUU